GGCCGAAGAGGCUGUGAGGAGGUGCUGCGUAUAUCACCAAUUCUUCCCAUAUACCGCCGUCUCCGAGAAGCAGCGGCCCCGAGACUUGGUAGGAUGCAAGACUUACGUCCCUUCUGGCUUCCCAAGUGACUGGAGAACGACAUGCCCAGGAGAGUGGCUGUGUACAACGGAGAUAACAAUGCACUAGAGGAGGUGGUGGUCGCGGCGAGGAGGGGGAAGGAGGGGUCCGUAGAAGGACGUGUAGGGAGGGGCCUGUCUCCUAUGACGACUUCGGAAUCGAGUGAAAAUAAGUUGGCAAUGGCCGUGGAACUCGACCACAUGUACAUAGGAUGUUCAGAUUCAAAGGCGUCCAUUGAAAAGGACAUCGAAGUGCAGCACCUCAAGAACAUCAUCCUGCUACACCUGGACCUCAUACAGCAGCAGGCAGACGAACUCUUGGCCAAGGAGAAGCAGAUUAAGAACUUACGGGACGAAAAUGACAACCUACGGGCAAAGUUGGAGCGUCUUGACCGCCGUCUGUCCCUCAGUCUGCAGAAGAAGGCAAGUGAGGCAUAUACCAACACUGAGAGUCAAGUGGAAGUGUUGGUCUCCCCAAAGCCAGACAAUGAUGUAGAGGCCACUCCCUAUGAGGAUGGGGAACUCUCCAACACGCCUGGCUCUCCCCAUGGCCGGGCUCCUGUCACACCCACCACAAACAAAGCUGUCUCUCAGGCAGCCAUCACGUGCUCCCCACCAGGUAAACCAGUGUCUCCAGGCACUAAUUCUCUCUCACCCUCCCUCAAGGUUCCUUCCCCUGCUAGUACUAAGUCACUGUCACCUGCAAACAAGAGUGUCUCACCUGGUGGGAAGACUCGGUCCCCUGCCAGCAAGUCAGGGUCGCCGGCCAGUAAGCCCAGCUCUCCCUCCAGCCACAAUGAGCUGCCAGGCAGAAUUGGAGAGGCAUCCAAUAAGUGUACGUUGCCAAACAGCCUCUUGGAGCCAUUGGAAAUAAAAGCAGAUUCUUGCUUCCUUGGCAAACCAGGAUCACCUUCACAUAGAAUCUUGUCUCCCAAGCAGUUAUCACCUACAAGUAAGGCAGUUUCUCCAGCUAAUAGGGGGAGUUAUCUGUCAAAUAGAGUCAGCUCGCCGCCAAACAAGCCAGGUUCCCCUGCCAACAGGCCUCCUGGAGAGCCUGCAUCGCCCCCACACAAAGUAAUCUCCCCAGUUAGCAGGUUAACGCCUGGACAAAACAAAAUGGGCAAUAUCACUUCGCCUGGAAGAUUAGAGUCACUACGGAGAACCUCACCAAAGAUCACGUCACCCAAAACUUCCCCAAGAGAGAGGUACCCGCGGGGCGAAGCCAAUGAGUGCAGCCUGACAGAUAGUGAGGGCCUCAGUGAGUCGGUGCCAGAUCCACUGAGGAAGGAGUCACCCCGGAGCGGCGAGAGGCGGUACGGUCCCAAGCGGCGGCUGGAGAGCGAGGGCGAGGGUGAGACAGUUGCCAAGAGGACUCGAAGUGAUGACUCUGUGGACUCCACCAACCACAACCUGCGCUCCAGGGACCGGCCCAAGGAGAGAGCAAAGGAGCCAACCAGCCAGAGUUCUCCGGUCUCAGCUUUGGAGCGCCCGUGCACCCCCACCUCCCGUGCAGCGGCCCUGGAGACAAAAAAGCUACGCCAAAAGUUGCUCCUCAAAGAGCGUUGGUGCAGAGGACACCCCUGUGAUGAUAAACAAGGCCAGCCACCCACAGGCCGAGCAGUGCGGGGUGAAGGGAUUCUCAAUACCAGUGUGGCCUACUACCUUCCCUAUGGCUCCCUCAGGCAUGACCCUAACCCAGAGGAGGAAUGCUUACAGUCACAGUCGCAGGUGGAGAUCCCUCAGUGGGGCACGCGGGUCCUGACUAGCUUGUACGUGAUGGAGGGCACGGAAAACCUGGAGGAUGAGGUGUUUCUGAAGAGGCACUCCAAGCCCGAGCAGGACGAGAAGAGGCGCAAGAGAUGGGAUCUUCAGAGGAUGAGGGAGCAGCGGCACUAUGAGCGUCUGCGGGAGCGCUAUGAGGGUCGGCAAAACACCAGUGAGCCGGAGGUGUCUACGGGGAAUCGCUCCCUCUGGCCUAACCCAGAGUCUGCUCUCUACCUAUUGGUGGAUGAUUAUCUCCCUGUCUGUGCCUUCGGUCAGCCCAUGGCCAGGAUACCCCCCCAGUGAGCUGAGUGCAUCUGAUUGGCAAUGAAAUGUAGCAGACAAAUCUGGAGGCUUUACUGAAGACAAUCCUGUGAAGUGUAAUAAUAAUAGUUCCCCCCAAGCUAGUCAUGCCCCUCCCCCACACACCUAAUCCUGGCUACCACCUCAGAGCCUCCUCUGCACAUUUCAUGCCUAGUUUUGAGCACUGUGGCUCCUCACAUUGUGUCCAUUCAGAAUGUUAUUUUUUUUUUUUUUUUUUCCAUAAAAAAAAAAAAUGCUGAUGGAAAAGGAAAAACAGAGGAGGAAGUUUUGGUUAUCUCCUUUGUUUCAUGCUGUUUGACUGUGGUCUUAAAUACUGCAAGAAUGAACAGCAUUGUGGAUGCUGAUACAUAUUGACCUUGGUUGAUUGGAAGGCUGCUGCUGUCCCUUCCUGGCACUCACAGAGAGGGCACCACAGCCCCCAACUCUUUAGUUAUGCAGAACAUUGAAGUGAAAGAGUAGCAAGUCUCUUUUUAUUUGAUGAAAUGUUAAGGUAAAGCUGAAAUGGCAAAAUUUUCUAUGUAUUGUAAAAAGUUCUAAAAUGAGGGUCUUCCAAGUGAAUUUUAGCUGUUGAACUAAUAUUUUUAACUUUUCACUACCUAAUUCAGGGGUGGGUAAGAUGCAGCCCAUCAUAUAUUAUUGUGGCCCACAAAUCCAUCAUGACAAUAUUCUUACUUAAUUUGUUUGACAUGUCUUAGGCACUUAUUAUGUGGGAGUUGACAAACCAUACCAGCUUAACCACCUCCUUGGCUGUUGACUAUGAUAUUUCUAGAGUAAGACAUUUAGGAAAAUUUAGCUUUAUCUUGUGUGAAUAUUUUUGUAUUUUCAUCUCAACUGAACCUGUGGCCAUCAAACUGCACCACCAUGCAAGGAGUGAGUCUUGUUAAGCCCAUCCCUGACUUUACCCAUGGCUGUGUUCCAAUAUUAAGGUCAUUAUGCAGUCUACUAACAUUAUGGAAUGAUAUUCAGUUUGUUUGAAGUAGGUGUAAAGGCCAGGCACUUGCCAUUGCAUGACAGUGUCAUUGACUUUGUGUGUAGAGAUGGAACUGAAAGAUGUGGGCCUCUCCUUAGCAAUGCCUUUUUUUAUUUUAACCAUUUAGCCCAAGCUCUUUUAAUUAGUUUGAUGCAGAGUACAAUGUUUUGAUAUAUAGAAAAGGUUGCAUAUAUUUUUUUUUCAAACUGGUGCAGCUUGUCAGAGGAAUCCUCAGAAUUACCCUUAUUCUCAGUUUUACCUUAAGAGAUCAAUUAUAUAAAGGAACCUGCUGUGUAUUUUGUUUUAAAAUCAGAGUACAAAUACAAUUAGUUGUAUUACAUAAAUGUUGAUAAGUCUUUGUUUAAUAUGUAUACUUUUUAAAAUUAAAUAUGAAAUGGAAGUAUAUAUUAAUAAUGUACAUAGAUAUUUUUGUGAACUCUUCCAAAAUUUGGGAGAUGGUAUAAAGACACAUUAGGAUAUUAGAAAUAAAUAAAAAAAAAAAAAAAAAACUAUCAAA